AUGGCAUCAUCCGGUCCAACGCAAAGCCCGGAAGGGCAAACACGCCUAAUUAAACAUUUCCAAGCGCGGGCAGGAGACAACUACACAGACGGCUGGUCCAAACUCUGGGACUCGGACAAUAGUGAUCUGUGGGAUCGAGCCAAGCCGUCGCCGGCAUUAAUUGAUAUCCUCGAGGAGAGACAAGACCUUCUCAACCCUUUUACCGCAGACGGGAAGAGAAAGAAAGCUCUAGUGCCGGGCUGCGGAAAGGGUUACGAUGUCGUGAUGCUCGCUCUGCACGGUUUCGACGUGUAUGGGCUGGACGUCUCAGAGACUGGAGUCUCCACUGCAAGGGAAUAUGCCCGGUUUGAACUUGCUAGCCCGCAGGCAUAUAACUUUGGAACUUCAUUCGCGCAGAAAGAACUAACGCCGGGUGAUGUGACUAUUCUCCAAGGGGACUUUUUCAAGUCUGAUUGGGAGAACGGGAUUGAGUUCGAUCUGAUAUAUGACUAUACGUUUCUCUGUGCCCUUCAUCCCACCAUGCGAGCUGGAUGGGCUUCACGUAUGGCGGACCUCCUCGCUCCCACUGGUCAGCUCGUGUGUCUUGAGUUUCCCAUGUGGAAGGAUCCAUCCUUACCCGGUCCGCCGUGGGGAUUGCAAGGUGUUCACUUGGACCUUCUGGUGGAGGGGGGCGAUGGCAAUGGUAAGGCUGGACAGGGCGGGGGGUUAUUCGCGCGGAAGUUAUAUGUCAAACCUGCUAGAUCGUACGAUAAAGGCAGGGGAACGGAUAUGUUGAGUGUUUAUGUUAAGAAGAAUUGA